GGAACCCGCGGGCCCCGCCGCGCCUGCGCCUCCGCACGUGGGUGGCUGCGCCGCGCGCUCUUCCUCCGAGGGGCCGGGGCGGCUGGUGUGCAGCCGGCUCCGCUUCGACCCCCGACCCGUGUGCCCGGCCCGGCAUGAGCCGCUACCUGCUGCCGCUGUCGGCGCUGGGCACACUAGCAGGCGCCGCCGUGCUGCUCAGGGACUAUGUCACCGGUGGGGCUUGUCCCAGCAAGGCCACCAUCCCUGGGAAGACGGUCAUCGUGACGGGCGCCAACACAGGCAUCGGGAAGCAGACCGCCUUGGAAUUGGCCAAGAGAGGAGGCAACAUCAUCUGGCCUGCCGGAGACAUGGGAGAGAGUGUGAGGGGCGGCGGCAAAGGGCAUCCACGGGGAGGACUCUCGAUCACAGCGCACGUCAACGCUCCGGCAACCGAUGGACUUGGCUCUCCUAAGUCCGAUGCCGAGAGUUGCGCGAAGAUCAAGUUGAAGGUAGGGGGAGUGGCUGGCCAGGAGGAGCGAGUGGACAUUCUAAUCAACAACGCGGGCGUGAUGCGGUGCCCCCACUGGACCACUGAGGACGGCUUCGAGAUGCAGUUUGGCGUUAACCACCUGGGUCACUUUCUCUUGACGAACUUGCUGCUGGACAAGCUGAAAGCCUCAGCCCCUUCGCGGAUCAUCAACCUCUCGUCCUUGGCCCACGUGGCUGGGCACAUAGACUUUGAUGACUUGAACUGGCAGACGAGGAAGUAUGACACCAAAGCCGCCUACUGCCAGAGCAAGCUGGCCAUCGUCCUCUUCACCAAGGAGCUGAGCCGGCGGCUGCAAGGCUCUGGUGUGACUGUCAACGCCCUGCACCCCGGCGUGGCCAGGACAGAGCUGGGCAGACACACGGGCAUCCAUGGCUCCACCUUCUCCAGCACCACGCUCGGGCCCAUCUUCUGGCUGUUGGUCAAGGGCCCCGAGCUGGCCGCCCGCCAGCACAUACCUGGCCGUGGCAGAGAACUGGCAGAUGUUUCCGGAAAGUACUUCGAUGGACUCAAACCAGAAGGCCCCGGCCCCCGAGGCUGAGGAUGAGGAGGUGGCCCGGAGGCUUUGGGCUGAAAGCGCCCGCCUGGUGGGCUUAGAGGCUCCCUCUGUGAGGCAGCAGCCCCUUCCCAGAUAACUUCUGGAGCAGAUUUGAAAGCCAGGAUGGAGCCGCAAGACCGAGGGCCGCUGUCUGCCAUGCCCGCAGCUUCCUGGCACCACCUGAGCUGGGAGACCCAGGACUGCCGGCCCCAUGCCCGCAGCUUCCUCUAGGGGGCGGUGCUGGCACCACCUGAGCUUGAGAGACCCAGGACUGCCGGCCCCAUGCCUUCAGCAUCCUCUAGGGGGCGGUGUUGGCACCACCUGAGCUGAGAGACCCAGGACUGCCGGCCCCCAUGCCCGCAGCAUCCUCUAGGGGGUGGUGCUGGCACCACCUGAGCCAGGAGACUGAGAACUGCCAGCCCCCAUGCCCGCAGCUUCCUCUAGGGGGUGAUGCUGGCACCACCUGAGCCAGGAGACUGAGAACCGCUGGCCCCCAUACCCGCAGCUUCCUUUAGGGGGUGGUGUUGGUACCACCUGAGCCGGGAGACGCAGGACUGCCGGCCCCCAUGCCCGCAGCUUCCUCUAGGGGGCGGUGUUGGCACCACUUGAGCUGGGAGACCCAGGACUGCCGGCCCCCAUGCCCGCAGCUUCCUCUAGGGGGUGGUGCUGGCACCACCUGAGCCGGGAGACUGAGAACUGCCAGCCCCCAUGCCCGCAGCUUCCUCUAGGGGGUGGUGUUGGCACCACCUGAGCCGGGAGACUGAGAACCGCCGGCCCCCAUGCCCGCAGCUUCCUCUAGGGGGCGUUCUGGCACCACCUGAGCUGGGAGACUGAGAACUGCCGGCCCCCAUGCCCGCAGCUUCCUGGCACCACCUGAGCUGGGAGACCCAGGACUGCCGGCCCCCAUGCCCGCAGCAUCCUCUAGGGGGCGGUGCUGGCCGCAGUGGACUGGCCUGCGGGUGACCACUGGGCUCCGGCUGAUCCCAUGUGCUCUGCUGCCAGCACGGGAGCGGGGCCAUCUGAUGCUUCCCCUGGGAAUCUAAACUGGCAAUGGCCGAGGAGGCACAGGCUCCAUGUACUUGUGGGCCAUGUCAGGAGAGCCAGUGGUGCCUGUGGGGGAGGGCUCCAAGGUGCUCCGCAAAGAGCAUGGGCAAGCUGUCUGACACGGAUUCUUGGGUACCUGUGGGACCUUGUGCAUGCAGGGGUCUUCUCUGAGCCUUGGUUUCUUCAACGGUUUCUUCAGAAUAACCGCUGUCUCCCGUGACAGUGUGGUGCAGCGAGCUGUUGUCUGUUCACUGUGGCUGUGCACAGCCCUUGCCAGGGGCGUUUGCUGAGGGCUUCCUGUGCCAGAGCCAGGCCAGAAAGCAGGUGCAGGUGUCAUCCCGAGUUCAGGCUGUGCACGGCAUGGAGUGGGAACCCCACCAGCUGCUGCUACAGGACCUGGGAUUGCCUGGGGCUCCCACCUUCCUAUCAAUUCUCAUGGUAGUCCAAACUGCAGACUCUCAAACUUGCUCACUAAAAAAAAAAAAAAAAAGAAAAUGUA